UGAUUGACAGCCGCGGCUGCCCAGCGGCUCUGGUUCCCGUUAGGUGGGCGGUGGGAAGGGAAGGAGAGACGGAGCGAUGAAGGGGAGGGUGGAGAAGCGGAGACCAAUCGUGGCGCGUCAGAGCGGGGAGUGGGCGGGGCUGAGAGUGCGAAAGAGACCCGUCCUCCGCCUCCUUGCCCAGCCGGCCGGGACUCUUCACUUCCAGCAGGAGGGAUCCCUCCGCCCCUGGAAUCGCGCACGCGCAUAACGGAGCGGAGGCUGUAGCAGAGUGUGCGCUUCCGCCGUCGCCUCUAUUGCCGACCGCGGGGAUUAUUUGCCGCGCUAGUGGCGGUUAGAACCGGGGCGGGAGGGGGAAAAGGGGGCGGCGGGGGGCGGAGAGCAAGAAGGGCGAAGCAGGAGAGGCGGAGGAAGGAGGGGCGGACGGGCGGCGGCGACGACGACGGGGGCGGGCUCUCCCCUCCGCCCGGCCGGAACGAGGGAUGGAGGCAACCGGGCUGAGGCGGGGGGAAGGAGCCGCCCCGUGAGGAGAGGAAAAAGAGGAGAGGAGGAGGAGGAGGAGGAGGCUGGCCCGGGUGGGGGGAGAAGAGGCCUCUGCCUCGCCGCCGCCAAGCAGGGGCCGGAGGGCCCCCCCCGCUGCCCCCCCUUCCCUCCCAGCCCGGUUUCUGAGGGGAGCCCCCCUCCCCAAUAAAAGGAGGUGAGGAUUCACACGGGGGUCUGUGCCCCUCCCCCCAGGGGGCUCUCUUCCCCCCUCCAAUCAGAGCCCUUCCCCCAUCCUCAGCCGCCCCUUCCCGGGGCUCUGUGCCCCUCCCCCACAUCCUCCUAGCCCCCCUCCCGGUCGGGACCCUGUGCUGUGCUCUUCCCACACCCCCAGAGUGCUCCCCCCUUCAUUUUCUGCUUUGGGGGUCUUUUGAGCUCUCUUCCUCCCCCUCACCCCAAAGAUAACUUGGUUUUCAGUUUCUCCCUCCUUUUAGUAGCCCUUGCCGGGAGCUCUGCAGUCGUACCCCCUAACCCCCCCCCCAAUUUUCAGGUCAUUGCCCUUCAAUAAUUUGAUUGCUCUUCCCCCCCGCCACCCGCUCUUUAGCGCUUUGUGCUUUUCUUCUCCUCUUCUCCAUCCCCCCAGUGCUUGUGUGUCUCCCACUUUUGUGGGUGGUGAUGGUGGGGAGGCCUCUGUAGUGAGCUCCAAGUUUGUAUGCCCUCAGGAGACCUUUGCUUGAGCUACUCCUUUAUUAUUGUUGUUUAAAAGCUCCUUGAGGCUAGGCCCUAACACCUGGGUAUCUCUGGGGACCCAUCACGUUCUUGUUGGCUGGUAUUUGUGGGUGUAUUUCUUCCCUACUCCUGUGGAACACAGUGGUCUUCGUGGUUGUUGCCCUCUACCCUGGGGGUGGUUCUGCUGCCUUGGGUGGCAGUAACUAGCAGCAUGGUAGAGAAGCGGUGCCCACGGCUACAGAGAGAGAACGUGUACCGCUGGUUCUCUGAGCUGCCCUCUCCUCAACGGGUGGAGUUCCUCUGUGGCCUGCUGGACCUGUGCAUCCCGCUGGAGUUGCGCUUCCUAGGUGCCUGCCUAGAGGACCUCGCCCGUAAGGACUACCACUCGCUGCGGGAUUUGGAAAUCAAGGCCAAUAACCCGGCUGACCUGGGCAGCCUCACCAACCUGACGGAUGAGGUGGUACGCAGCAAACUGUUAGUCUCCCUGGCGCUCCUGGGCUCAUCCCACCGGGAAGCGGCGGGGGUCCUUUUCCGCACUCUCACCCACAUUGACUCCGUCAUCCACAACUAUGGACUGCAGCUCAAUGAAGGCCGGACUGGGGAUGAGUUUUUGCUGCUCUUCACCAUGGCCUCCAACCACCCUGCCUUCAGCUUUCAUCAAAAGCAGGUCUUGAGGCAGGAGCUCACCAAGAUCCAAAACAUCAUAGCCAGUACCAGCAAGAACCCCAACACUCCCACCGCUAGCACCAUGGGAACAUGUCCUGGUUGCCACAAGGUCACUCCAAGAUCUGAGACCCCUAUAAACAGCAUUGGUAACAGUUUAGAAAAUGCACUACAUACAUCAGCACAUUCCAUUGAGGAGUCAUUGCCCAAAAGGCCUUCAGGGAAACACUCCAAAGUGAGUGUUGAAAAAGUGGAAAUAAAGGGAUUAUCGCACAAGAAGAAUGAUAGGAACACUGAAUACUCCUUUGAGGUCUUAUGGUCCGAUUCUUCAGUGACAUUGGUAACAAAAUCUUCUGCUGAAGUGACUGAAUUUAUUUCAAAGUUAUGUCAGCUAUACCCAGAUGAAAACUUGGAGAAAUUCAUUCCUUGCCUAGCUGGUCCAGAUUCAUUUUAUUUGGAAAGAAACCAUAUGGACCUGGAAUCGGACCUUAGGUAUUUGGCAUCAUUACCUUCCCACGUCUGGAAAAAUGACCAUGUCAAGAAAUUUUUCAGCACUUCAUCUCACUCCCAACAACUUCAGAGUUCAAGCCCUGGAAAUACUUCUGUUUAUAAAGUAGGUACUACGCUGGGUGCUUCUGGAAGACCUAUCUGUGGUGUAGCUGGUAUCCAGUCUUCACAGAACAGUCUCCAGCAUCACAUGCCGCAUUCAGCUGCCACUCCAGUGGCACUUCCCCACUGUUCCCAUUCAGGUGGGGCUGGGGCUGCACUUGCUUGCCGCUCCCAGUUAGACAACUCUUCACCUGUGUUGAUGACUCCCAGUUCUCAGACGCCCCAGGCCCAGGAACAGAAUGGAAUUUUGGACUGGCUGCGCAAACUGCGCCUGCACAAGUACUAUCCUGUUUUCAAACAGCUCACGAUGGAGAAGUUCCUGAGCCUUACUGAAGAGGAUCUGAAUAAAUUUGAGUCCCUCACCAUGGGAGCAAAGAAGAAGCUCAAGACUCAACUGGAGUUGGAAAACUUCCCUUUUCAUUCUAGGGAAAAGUCAGAGAAACGGAUCCUGAAUCCAGCCAUGUCCCCCUCCGUGAGCAGCAGUGGGGUAGCUAGAGUUCCUCCUACUACUCAUAUUGGCCCUAUCCAGAGUAUCCGUGGUAACCAUGCAGCAGAGUUGCGUGUAGAUGUGGAUCAGCCAACCACCACAACGCCCCGUGAAGGGAGCUCUUCAGAAUACUCCAGCAGCUCCUCUAGCCCCAUGGGAAUCCAGACCCGGGAAGAGAGCUCGGACAGUGCUGAGGAAAAUGAAAGACGUGCAGAGAUCCACUUGGAGACUUCGGAGAAGGAGAAGCCGGUAAUGAUACUGAGUCACUUCAACUCGAGCUCAGCCAGGCCUACUGCUCAGGUAUUACCAGUGCAGAACGAUGCAGGGUCCGGUCCGUCCAGUCACCACACCUUGCCAGUACAGAUGAUGGCUGCAGGCUCCCCUCAUAUCGCCCCAAUCCGAAUACUAAACUCUAUGCACAAGUCAGAGCGAGGAAAUACAGACAUGAAGCUUCUUUCGUCAUCUAUGCAUUCACUUUUGUCUUUAGAAGACAGGACGAAAUUCUCCCCUGGCCCACCUCGAAGUAGCAUCAAGAUGGAGAAGAGCUUUGGGAAUACAAUUGUGGAUGGGAUGCCAGCAUCUGCCCAUCAGCCCAUGCAAGUCCUCUCAGGAGUUCCUGAAAACGGUUCCUCUACACCUUCCAUUAACUUUGGUCCACGGACCAAAAUGGUACACGCUUCCACCCUCGAUAGAGUGGUGAAAACAGCCCAGCAGCCAGGAAUCCUUGUGGAAACUAGCACCACAGCCACUGUAACAUCCAGCACAGUCUUCCAUGUGGCACGACCCCCGCUCAAGCUCCUCGUCUCCUCUUCGGUUCCAACUGACUCGACCAUUGCAGGACAACCUUCCUGCGCCAGUAAUAUGCCCUUCAGCGUCUCCCCAGCAAUAAUCAGCCCCCGGACUGCUCUGUAUACAGCCAACACCAAAGUGGCCUUUUCUGCCAUGAGCAGUAUGCCAGUAGCCCCGAUGCCCAGCAACAGCUUCUGUGCAAACAGCAACACUGCCUCUUCCAGCAGUCACCCCUCCUCCACAUCCUUUGUAAACAUGGCAAGCCUCCCCAGUUGUCCUGCUCCCAGUUCGAGUCCCACGCUUUCUUCCGCUGCAGAGAACAGUUUCUACAACAGCAGCAGCAGCAGCGGUGGUGGCUCAGCAGGGAGUAUCCCAGUACCAAAUCAGAACCACCACCAUCACCACCACCACCACCACCAGCAACAGCAGCCGCCUGGCUGCGUAGUGUGCAGCUCCUGUGGCUGUAGCGGGAACUGUGGUUCAAGUGGCAUGACGGUCAGCUAUGCCAACUACUUCCAGCACCCCUUUUCAGGACCUUCAAUGUUUACUUUUCCUUUCCUCCCCUUCAAUCCUUUAUGCAGCAAUGGCUACAUCAACACGCAGCAGUACAACAGCAGCAGCUCCGCUUUCCCUAUGGUUCAUUCCCCUUACAAUGGCGGCCUAACACCGGACUCGGUCAUGAGCGGGCAGUCCACGUUUGCGGUGCCACCGAUGCAGAGCUUUAUGGCCGGCACGGCAGGGGUCUAUCAAGCCCAGGGGAUGAUGAGCAGCAACAGUGGUACGGGCCACAAAAAAAAUGGGAAUCUCUCCUGCUACAAUUGUGGAGCCAGUGGCCACAGGGCUCAAGACUGCAAGCAACCACCUAUGGAUUUCAAUCGACAAGGUACGUUUAGGUUAAAAUACGCUCCACCAGCAGAAAGUCUAGAUUCCACGGACUGACCUUAGCUCCACAGGCUUGGUAUCUUGUGAUGGCGAAAGCCACGGAGCCAUUAGGAAACUUCAAAUUGGAACCUGAAAAGUCCACUUGUUGUUGAGCUUAAUGUUUUUUUUUUAAAUCCAAAGGUGCUCUACUCCACUAUAGUAGGAAAGAACUGAAGCUUAGAGGGUCUGUGAAACUCAUUUUACUGAUUUGCCAAAAUUACAACAUGGAUCUUAAUGUUGGACCUUCCAAAUGGCAGGUGAAACUGGCCAACCUUUCUGUCUGUUAUAAACUCCUGCACUUUUGCUGAAGAAUGUUGCCAUACUUCGACUUUUUGUGCUGGAAACUCAAACUCCUGGGCAGCUAUGUUGUAAUUUGGAGUGAGAGCUAGAGGUUGAUGGUUCAGUAGCCAUUUGCCUGCUGGACUCUAGCGUUGUGAGGUUAGGUAAAAAUGUCUACUGCUUCUCAAAACAAAUCAGGCACUACACUCUGGGAUUUUAAAGGAUUGCACUACAGGAGAAUGUAUAAUUCUGUUCUAUCUGCACUUUGAGCAGACUGAGUCCAGUAGGAGAGACAACCGAUGUUUCAACUGUUGAAACUAGACACCAGCAGGCUAUGUGAACUUCUAAUAAAGAAAUCUUAAUCCUCUCUCCUUUCUCUUCCAAAAGAACAAAGGUGGAAGUUUCCGUUCAUUCUGGAAAUGGUUAUGCGAUGCUUCUCAUCAUUUAUUCCUAAAUAGAACUAAGUUACCAGCAGUGGAUUAAAUUUAAUUUUCAAGGGUCUCGCGCCAGAGACUGAGAUUAUAAACAAUGAUUUUAAAAAGAGAGAAAAACUUCCUCUGCAACUUUUGAGUCUGUCACCACAUAUUGGUUUUCUCUGCAAGAAACAUUUCUCUGCCUUCUAACGAAUAAUAACUCUUUGCAGAGUUUGCAAGCAGCUGCUUGACUUUGCAUAGCAAAAGUCUCUUUCUGGAAGAGCUUUUGCUUACAGGAUUUAGAACCAAAAGAAGUCACAACAUGUAAACAAUGGUAGUAAUCUUAUCCCUUUUGCUGUUUACAGUCUGCCUCCUUUAUUGAAACACACUGUCGCCUAUUAGCUUGAUGCUGACUAGCUAGUCGCCAUCUCUACUAACUUGUUAGGAUGAAGCCAGCAAAGCUCAUCUGGCAGAGUUGAAAUGGUGUGGACCUGCCGUGCUCAAGUGGAGGCAAGUCUCUGUAUGGAUGCCAACUGCUGCUGCUGCCUUGGUGGUUGUUAUUUCAUGGUUUCACUGAUAGGCUGAAGUUGAAACUGCUUCUUGCAGAUUUCUUCAUGGGUGUACACAAAGCAUGUUACAUGCAUAAUGCAAAUGAGUAUUGCUGACUGCGAGCAUUAGAGGUACAGGUGCCAGGGAGCUGGGCUUGCCUGUAUCUCCCUGCUGCAUAUACACGUGCUGCUAAAAUUCAGUUGCUGUUGCAUGGGAUUGUGAUCUUCUCUCUGGAAGCAACUGUGUGAAUGGCAGCAGCUUGGGCAUGUAGCUAGGGACUGUGUGGCGGAAGCAGGGAUGCUUUUUCUGCCUUGUGUAAGUUCUACAUCAUCUUUCAGUGCAGUGUGUCUUGUCCGUACCUGUUUCCCUUUUUAUUAUGCUGGUGUACUUUCUUGCUUAGAGGCAUCUGAGGGGUUUGGCGCAAAAUUAAUCUCUCUGGGAGAAGCCUAGCAUGGGCUCCGUGCAGUUCUUGGCUUCUUGGAAACAAACUCCAAAGCUAUAAAGACACCUGUCUUCUAGCAGCCCCACUCCAGAAAACCUUCAGUUAUUUCUAUGCAAUGAAGUACAAGACUCCCAUAUCCUCAGUUUGACCCAAGCGAAAUAGUAUUACAUAUAUAUGUGUAGAGACAAUUAUGUUUGCAAUGACUGGAUGUUUGAGGUCAGUAACAGACUGAUAGUAUUAAGAAGCUUUGUAAAGCCAUAAAGCCACUAAGGUGAUGAGAACUGACCAAGCACUCCACUCUGCCUUAAUGCCCUUGACAACAGCAGGAACCACUUGCCAUUCUGUAUUGCAUCUUUCAUUUAAUGUUUACUGCGAACAUUGAGAGCUUCUCCAGUGACCUGGCAUAUGUGCUGAAAGCCAAAUGUCUCCAUUUUUAAGUAGAAUGACACUCCUAAAGGCACACUUUUUUGUUCUGGAAAGUUCCAGUGGUAUUCUGCUCCAGUGGCCAAGAUUGGACAGGGUGGUAUGUGAACUUCUAUUUAUUAAGAACUUUAACUAGGUAUCUUUUAAUUGGGAAAUCUCCAGCUUUGGUGUUCAAAAACUUGAGAUUUUCCUUCAUGUCAAAUGAUAGUUUCCCAGCCAUUCUGCUUUCAGAGAAAAUUGUCUUGGUCUAGCUUAAGUACUGGCAAAUAGAAUCACUGGAAGAAAGCUUUGGAUAGCUGAUUGCCUUGUUUGCACCUAUGAGUAUUAAUCUGAAUUUUACAAGAUAAGCCUCUAGUGAGUUUAAGGGGAAAAACCAGCUCUUCACUGUUAAGUCAAAAUGACUGAUAUUUCAAACAGGAAGAGUUGACAGCAAGCCUCAAUGCAAGAGGAAAUGGACCUCAAGACACAGGUAUAGUCUGGCUGUAAUCUUGCACUAAAGGUCUUGAGGAUGCAUCUCAUCUAUCAUGAAAGAGCAUAUAAUGCAAGACCACCAACAGUCCUAGCCUAGGCGUGAUGGACUGAAGUAUUUAUUCAAAGUCUGGCGUGGUAAACUUCAUUGGAGAGGACUGUACUGUAUGAGACCUGACAGAUACGCAACUAACGAAACUUCUCAAGCAGUCUAUAAAAGUGCAGGUCAGUGCCUGAUCAAGGGAUGACGUUUCCAAAACACAAACCCUGCAUUUCAUGCCAUGCUGGAGUAAAAACACUAAGGUACCCAAAGAUCAGCCACCAUGUCUCCUACAAGGCAACUCCUCAAGUGGCUAGGAUGUCACUUGUGCUCAAUCCCUAGUCUGAGGCUGACUUCUCCUAAAGUUGGAAGAAUUUUUUUGUAGACUACAGUAUGCAUAUUUGCAACACAUAAGCUGCUUUACUGGAUGUGGCCAAAGGUAGGAGUUAAAGCAGCACUUUAAAGCAGUAAACUUGCAAAUGUAGGAAAAGCAGCUUGUCUCAAGUGCAGGCUAAUAUGUUUUUUUGAACAUAACCUUCCACUAGGAAUGAAGGAGACUCUGCCCAUUUUGAGCCAUUUUACAUCUAGUAUUACAAAAGUGCAUGUAACUUUAUAAAUAUUAAAAGUUUUGUAAAUAUUUAAUAUUCAUCUAAUUUGAUUUUGAAAUGUGUCAAGUAUUCUGGUAUUGGGAUUUUUAUGUUUUAUUAUACUUUGUUAAAAGUAAAAAAAUGUACAUUUUUAGAAUGUUUUUAUUCAAGUAAAUGUACUGAAAAAAGAGACCAAAA